UGACGUUUUAAUCGCUAGCUCUUCCUUACAGAUUCUCUUUGAGCGUUUCAAAAGUUAUGGCGUCGUGAUUAAUCCCUCAAAGUGUAUAUUUGGUGCUUCAGUGUUGCAGUUUCUUGGUCAUCACAUAGACUCUCAGGGAAUUAAACCCCUUCCAAAGAAAGUAGAAGCCAUAAUCAACUACCCUGAGCCUACUCCUGUUAAGGCACUACGUCGUUUCCUGGGAGCAUUAAAUUUUUAUCGACGAUUUUUACCCAAUUGUGCCGAUGUUCUACAACCCUUAACAGACCUACUUAAAAAUGAUAAAUCGAGUAGCAAAAAGAAGAACCAACUAUUCCAGUCACCCUCUGACGACAAAAUGGCAUUCGAAAAAGCCAAAACCUUGAUUGCCGACGCUACUAUGCUACAACACCUAAACACUGACCCCAAAACGCACUUGAUCUUGUGUACGGAUGCAUCUCAAAAAGCCGUAGGGGCAGUGCUACAACAAACAGUUAACAAAAUGAUUACACCAAUAGCUUUCUUCUCUAAACGGUUAUCACCCGCUCAAGAGCGGUACAGCACAUUUGGACGCGAACUUCUAGCCAUGUACUUAGCUGUUAAACACUUCAAUUUUUUACUACAGGGUCGUGAUUUUACCAUUAUGACGGACAAUAAACCCCUGUGCUUCUCAUUUAGUAUGUCAUACGAUAGACAUUCUAUCCGCGAAGCGAUACAGCUCGAUUAUAUCUCGCAAUUCACCACGGACAUUCAGUUUAUCAAGGGUCAUACCAACAUUGUUGCAGACGCACUGUCUAGAAAGGAUAUCAAUAUGAUAGUACUUAACCAUGACAUCAGCCUUGAAACCUUAGCCAAAUUACAAGCAGACGACGCAGAAUUGAAGAUCUGUAGAGAAAAGUCUAGCUUGAAUCUAAAAUCGGUACCCAUUCCUUUCUCAGAUGCAUCCAUCAUUUGUGACACUUCGACGAGCAACAAUCGUCCCUUCGUCCCAUUUACUUGUCGCAGAAAGAUGUUUCAGCAACUACAUGGACUCUCGCAUCCAGGUAUUAGAGCCACCACCAAGCUGAUCACCGAACGUUUUGUCUGGCCCAAAAUGAACUCCGAUAUAAAACGAUGGGCACGAAACUGUAUUUAAUGUCAGCGGAGUAAAGUCCAGAGACACACUAUCAGCCCGAUUGGGGAAUUUCAUACCCCUGACAGACGUUUUCAACAUAUUCACUUGGAUUUAGUUGGGCCCCUGCCACCGUCAAACUCUUUCACUCACAUUCUCACUGUGGUGGACAGGUUCACUCGAUGGGCGAUUGCAUGCCCUAUUAAAGACACAUUGGCAGAGACAGUUGCGUCAGUUUUUCUCGACCGAUGGAUAUCGAACUACGGAGUACCUGCAAUUAUCACUACUGAUCGUGGCCCCCAAUUUCAAUCCAUUUUAUUUCAGGAAUUCACCAGACUCCUUGGGGUCAACCACAUCAAAACAACGGCUUAUCAUCCAGCAGCUAAUGGCAUGGUUGAAAGAUUUCAUCGCCAAUUGAAAAGCUCGCUGACGACUCAAGCUGAUCCUACCAAAUGGAGCGAUGCCUUACCACUCGUACUUCUGGGUAUUCAUUCCACUAUUAAAGAAGACAUUGGAUGCAAUGUUGCCGAAUUAGUCUACGGUACAACAUUAACAUUACCAGGCCAAUUAGUCAAUUGCGAAUCUACAACGAUAGGAGAUCCUUCCCGUUUUGCAAGCCGUUUACUACAGACGAUGCAGAAUAUUAAACCAAUACCCCCGCGACAACAUAGCAACCGGGUGCAACUAGAUAAAAACCUUGAAACCUGCAAAUUUGUUUUCGUUCGAGUUGACGCUGUCAAAAAGCCACUAAAACCACCAUACGAAGGUCCUUAUAAAGUAAUCAAACG